CCAGCAAGGAGCAUAAUGGUCAUCGAGACGAUGUCAUACUUAGGCCUCCUUUUCUACGUAUUCCUCACCGGUUUGGAGAUGGACCUCAGCGCAAUCCUCCGACCAGGGAAAAGGGUGAUGGGCAUCGCCAUGAUCGGAAUUCUCAUCCCAUUCCUUAUAGGAAUAGGGUUGUUUUUCCUACUGCAACACGGCUCCAAAGUUAACAUCACACCGAAAAUGGGUUGUGUUUUCUGGGCCGCCUCGCUCACCAUCACCGGCUUCCCGGUGCUUACACGCAUCCUCGCUGACCUCAAGCUCCUCCACUCGGAUAUAGGGAGAAUUGCCAUGUCUGUGGCCAUGCUCAACGACAUAUACGCAUGGGUUCUCAUUGCAAUAUUGAUACCAGCCGGUAUCAACGUGAAAACUGUUCAUGUGUCAUUAACCGGCACCGUCACCUUCGUAAUAGUCUGCUUUUUCGUGGUCCGUCCGCUUCUGGAAAGGAUAAUCCGCAUCGAAUCGGAGAAGGACAACUACGACGAGUACUAUUUGUGCUUUGUGGUGGCUGGGGCGAUGAUCUGCGGGUGCAUCACCGAUGUAAUUGGCGCACACUCCAUUGUGGGAGCUUUUGUGUUUGGGCUUAUCAUUCCGAAUGGGGACUUCGGGGACGUGCUUUUAGACAGGCUAGAUGACUUUGUGUCGGGGAUGAUGUUGCCCUUCUUCUUCGUGAGUUGCGGGAUAAAAAUUGAUUUCAAGACGAUUGUGGCGGAGGAGGGCACGGCAUGGUACUUGGUGGCGCUGGUCGUAUGCUUGGCUUGCAUGGCGAAGAUUUUGAGCUCUCUUCUCGUCAGCGUCUUAUUUAACAUGCCGCUUCGAGAUGGUGCCACUCUUGGAGUCCUUACCAACACCAAAGGCAUCUUGGCACUCGUUAUCCUCAAUGCUGGGUGGAACGAAAGGAUUUUGAACGACCAACAGUACACAGUGAUGGUGGUUGCCAUGCUGGUAAUGACGAUUGCCGUGGCGCCCAUCAUGUCUGCCAUCUACAAGCGUAGAAAGGGCUUAAAGCAGUACAGGUUGAGGACAAUACAAAGACCAAAGGCGGACACAGAACUCCGAGUCCUCGCAUGCGUCCAUACCACAAGCAAUGUAUCGGGCAUACUCAGCCUCCUUGAAGUCUCCCACGCCACCAAACUCUCCCCUAUUACCAUCUUCGCCCUCCACCUCGUCGAGCUCACUGGCCGCGCCUCCGCCAUGCUCAUCGUCCACUCUAGGCGCAAGUCCGCCGCCCAGAAUCCCAGCCGAGCGCAGGCCGACUCCAACCUCAUUAUCAACGCCUUCGAAGCCUUCGAGAAGGACAACCACCUCGUCACCGUCCAACCCCUCACCGCAAUGUCACUAUACGGCACAAUGCACGAGGAUAUCUGCAGCUUGGCUCAGGACAAGCGUGUGGCCCUCAUUCUUCUCCCGUUUCACAAGCACUCCACCGUGGAUGGCCGAAUGGAGGACGAGAACGCCGCCUACAGAGACAUAAACCUCAACGUUUUGGCCAACGCACCGUGCUCCGUUGGAAUCUUUAUCGACCGUGGACUAGCAGCAGCCGUGCGCCCAGGAGGGCCUAGCGACAAUAUUGUUAAGUUCCGCUUUGCCAUGAUCUUCAUUGGUGGCCCUGACGACCGUGAGGCACUGGCUUAUGCAUGGAGGAUGGUGGGGCAUCCUGGAAUCAGCCUAAGUGUGGUGCGGUUCCUUCCAGGCGAGGACGCUGUGAACUUGGAGCUUGAAAACGAUGUUGAAAGCCAUGGGAUGUCACCGGCCAUAGCCAACAACGAGAGGCAAACUGCAAUUGAUGAUGAGGACUACAUAAACGAGUUUAGGCUCAAGUCAGCAAACCACGACUCCAUUAUGUACUUAGAAAAGGUGGUGAACAAUGGGGAGGAGACUGUGUCGGCCAUAAGUGCAAUGAAUAAUUGCUAUGAUUUGUAUAUAGUUGGAAAAAGGACAGGAAUGGUGUCGCCGCUCGUGUCGGGGCUGUCGGAUUGGAGCGACUGCCCGGAGCUAGGGGUCAUAGGGGAUGUAUUAGUGUCCUCAAACUUUGCGUUGCAAGCGUCGGUUCUUGUGGUGCAACAGUAUGGUUCUGCGGCUCAGGAUAGGGGCAUGUCGGCCUCAUCGGACGGGUCCAGGCAAGAGCGUUUCGGGCUGCGGCAGAGGAUGAUGGGUGUUCUGAGGUUUUCGCAUAGCUCAAAGGGAAUGGUGUUGUCUGAUAGUGACUGGCCGGUCGGAAAUGCGUAA